AUGAACACGGCAAAUGGCAGUGGCAACGCCAACGACGACGAGGAUGACGAUGGUCGCAGUCCGCAAUUGAGGACCAUAUUCUACUACAACCCCGCCGGAAGCGAUUGCCACUUGGAGGAAUAUCUAGGCCCAGGCGCAGCCUCGGAUAUACCAUUAUUUAUUUGGCGUUCGGUUAGAACUGUUGUUCAGCUCAACGGGCUCCUGAACGAAGGACUCCUGGUGCUGGCCUGUUUGCCGGGCGAGCAUCGGGAGGAUCUUCUGAGAGGACUGUCCAAUAGUUUGCGUUACCUGCGACAGGCCUGGCUGCUCAUCGAGUUGGCUGCGAAUCAUGACGACGACAAGUUGGUCGCGAAGGUUCUGGAGUUCUGCCUUCGAAUGGAGAUGAUCAAUGCCGAUGUGGUCUUGAGUAACUUUGAGGAGACCCGGAUUGUGUACGGCUUCGAUGCAUAUCCCACGCUUUCAUUGAGGAAACAUUUCUUUGGAUCGGAUUCUGCGAUCUCAAACCUAUACCCCGAUAAGGUUAUGAAUCUCAAUGGCUAUCAGCUGCGCACAAUGCCAGACCUCUCCGAGCCGAACACCCUCCUCUAUUACGAUCAGCAGGGUCGUCCCCAGAUUCUAGGCUACGUGUGGAAUAUGCUGGUGGAGUUCGCCCGCAAACACAAUGCUCAUCUGCAGAUAAUUGGUCAGCCGGUGCAGGGAAAGACCCUGAGCCACAUCCAGAUGUUGGACCUGGCCAGUGACGGCCGGGUGGAUGUGGCAGCGAGUGUGCAACCCAUAUCAAUGCGCUACCUGGACCGCUACCACGAGUACGCCUAUCCGGUGCACUGUGCCAGUUGGUGCACCAUGCUGCCCAUGGAACGUGAGCUGGAAGUCAGCGAGGUGUUCUCCUGGACCGUGCCCGCUAAGACGUUCACGCUACUGCUUCUGCUUUGGCUGUUGCACGAGUUUCUGCGCGGGCGGUGGCUGCGCCACAGGCGACUCCAGGCCCUGGGUUGGCUGAUUCUGGUCACUCUGCUCACGGCCAACUACCAGGGAAGACUCCUGAGUCUGCUGGUGUCUGCACCCACAGAUCCGCCCAUCGACAGCUUCCAGGCGUUGGCCAACACCAAGCUGCAUAUCUUCGGAGUUCGGUCCGAGUACGCCGCCUACGAUUUCGACAUGCGGACGAGAUUCGCCAGCAUUUUCCGGCUCAGCAAUCUCGCCUCGGAGCUGAUCCAGCUGAGGAACUCCCUGAACACCUCCUUCGCCUAUACGGUGACGAACACCAAGUGGCAGCUCUACGCGGAACAGCAGUCCCACAGCUCUCGACCCCUCUUCCGCUACUCUACGGACCUCUGCUACUACGAAAUGGUGCCCUUCGCCCUGGUCAUUCCCGAGAACUCCCCGCACCGCCCCACCCUGCACCACUUCAUGCUGCAGCUGGGUGAAUCUGGACUGUUCGACCAUUGGGUGGAUCGGAGCUUCUACUACAUGGUGCAGGCGGGUCGCCUCCACAUACGCGACCUAAGCGAAGGGCGCCACAUCCAGUCGCUGUCCAGCGAGGACCUGGCCAAUGUAUUUCUGUGCUACGGUGUUUGUGUCCUAAUUAGCCUGUGGGUGUUUGCCUGCGAGCAGCUUGUGCCCCUGGCCAAGUCCUGGCUGGGCUUUUAA